GGGGGUGACCACAAAUAACUCUGUGGUUCUGAUUGUCCCCGGUAGUUGUCGUGCUGAUUCUCCUUGGGAGGGUUCAAGUCUGACCUGGGAAAAACAGACAUUUCCAAAGGUGGAAUUCUGAAGAUGGUGAGGGCUGUGUUGUUAGAGGUUGGCCGGGGCGUGUAAUAUGAGCCAGCAGAACUGGAAAUCUCCGUGAUAACCUUGCCUUCUGACUGCGCCUGCAGAACACAGGGAAAGGGGCUCAGACUCUCCUCUGUGGCAUUUUGUCACCUCUAAUUCCACAAGUUUAUCUGGAUCGACAAGAGCACGCAGGGAUGUUGCUAGGUUACCCAAGUCGGCCUUGAACUUGAUCCUCCUGCCUCAGCCUCCCGAGCGUCCGAGAUGACAGACCUGGCUGCUGGAUUACUCUUCGUAGGUGCUGAGCUGUGCAAAGACUUAAAGAACUGGUCUGGCCCUUGUUGUUAGGAAGCCUUCGGGUCCUUGAGACACUGGCAAAACUUUUGUUGCGAAGAAUGCAAGAAAUGACCAAGAAAGAUGGUUUUGCUAACCGUUACCUUCUAUCUGUUAGAAUGUCAUCUCUCCUCCCUUUUACACCGUGAGGAAACGGGGCAGAGGUGUUCACUGAAGUCACUACUAUUCAGAAAACAUCUGCUGACCAAGGGCACGCCUAGGGCUCCCUGUCAGGAGGGGUAACAGGUGAUUACCAGUCCACGCUAAUAGCUCAUGCCACAGAAAUCAUCAAACAUGGCAAAACUGACGUGAGAGAAGACAGCAGAACCCCGAGACAGAACCAACACCCAACAAAACGGUCAGCGAGAGGAGUCCUCGCGUCCACAAAGUGAAAUUAGAAACAAACAGGAAAAAAACAGACCAUGUCGGGCCACAGCAGGAAUUCGGAUCAAGAGGAGCUGGGUGAGCUGGACGAGGAUGAGCUCUUGGCCAACCUGUCCCCCGAAGAGCUGAGGGAACUGCAGUCGGAAAUGGAAGUCAUGGCCCCGGACCCCCGCCUUCCCGUGGGAAUGAUCCAGAAGGACCAAACCGAGAAGCCACCGACGGGGACCUUCGACCACAAGUCCCUGGUGGACUACAUGUACUUGCAGAAGGCCUCCAGGCGCAUGCUGGAAGAUGAGCGCGUCCCCGUCACCUUUGUGCGGUCUGAGGAAAACACUCCAGGACGGCAGGAGGCCAGAGACCCAGGGAAUAAAAACGUGCUCCGGUUCCUGAAAGAAAAGCUCAAUGACGAAAUCGCGGCACAUAAAAGAGAAUCCGACGGCAGCGACGGUGUGCAGGAAGCGGACGAGGAGGAUGGGGAAGAGGAGGAGGAGGAGGAGGAGGAAGAGGAAGAAGAGGAAGAGGAGGAGGAGGAGGAAGAAGAGGAAGAGGAAGAGGAAGAGGAGGACAACGGUGAGCCGGGAGAAGCACAGAAUCCGGUCGGAAACGGCGAGAGCAGCAGCCCCCGGACGGCCACCAGAGCUCCGGAGGAACACGGGAACCAACCCGCAGCCCAGGAAAAAAGUGAGAAGAAAGUCUCCAAACUGGAUCCCAAAAAGCUGGCUCUGGACACCAGCUUCCUGAAGGUCAGCGCGAGGCCCUCGGGGAACCAGACGGACCUGGACGGCAGCCUGAGGCGCGUGAGGCAGAACGACCCCGACCUGAAGGAGCUGAACCUCAACAACAUCGAGAACAUCCCCCGGGAGAUGCUGCUGGACUUCGUCAGCGCCAUGAAGAAGAACAAGCACGUGAGGACGCUCAGCCUGGCCAACGUGGGCGCCGACGAGAGCGUGGCCUUCGCCCUGGCCAACAUGCUGCGGGAGAACAGGAGCAUCCGCACGCUCAACAUCGAGUCCAACUUCAUCACGGGGAAGGGCAUCGUGGCCAUCAUGCGGUGCCUGCAGUUCAACGAGACCCUCACGGAGCUGCGCUUCCACAACCAGAGGCACAUGCUGGGCCACCACGCCGAGAUGGAGAUCUCCCGGCUGCUGAAGGCCAACCACACCCUGCUCAAGGUGGGCUACCACUUUGAGCUCCCGGGUCCCCGGAUGGUGGUCACGAAUCUGCUCACCAGGAACCAGGACAGACAGAGGCAGAAAAGGCAAGAAGAACAGAAACAACAGCAGCUCAAGGAGCAGAGGAAGCUCAUAGCCAUGCUGGAGAACGGCCUGGGGCUGCCCCCAGGGAUGUGGGAGAGGCUGGGGGGGCCCAUGCCCGACCCCAGGAUGCAGGAGUUCCUCCAGCCGCCUCCCGGGCCUCCCGGCCCUCACGGCCCCCACGGUCCCCACGCGGUCCCCUUCGGCCGCAGAAACGAGAUGGCGAAAAAGCCGUCUCAGCCUCCGCAGUACAAGACGGACCCCGACUCCUUCCGGGUGGUGAAGCUGAAGAGGAUCCAACGCAAAUCCCGCAUGCCGGAGGCCAAGGAGCCGCCCGAGAAAACCAACCUCAAAGACGUGAUCAAGACGCUCAAACCCGUGCCCCGAAACCGGCCACCCCCCCUGGUGGAGAUCACACCCAGAGACCAGCUCCUGAAUGACAUCCGUCACAGCAACGUCGCCUACCUUAAACCCGUGCAACUGCCAAAAGAACUGGCGUAAGUGGCAACAGAACGAUCUAGAAGAACAAGAGACGGAAGCAGCGGCUGUGGGGUUGGAGCUGGGGGCUGCUUCAGCGGCACAGCUGGGAGCGUGUCCCCGAACACCUGGGGCCUGCGUAAGAGACGCGAAGCUCGGGCCACGCAGGAAACAGGCAGAAGAGGAGGGUGGAUGGAGAGAGAAUCUAAUAUUCGCGGGCCACGCUUUCUACUGCCAAUCAGCCCGGGUGACUGGGGCGGGAUUUGAGUCUGGCUUCCAGAAGCAGCAGUUUGAGACGUUUUUGUAAACAUUCGCUUUCUUGUGGUUGAUAACAAUAAACGUGACGGGGGUGUUGUCUUGGUGCUCACGCUGUUCCUCCCGCCAGCCCCUGUGCUGUCACCCGCCACACACCACACAGGGAGGAGGCCACCUCUCCCCGACCUGUGAAGGGCAGGUGUGUUCCUGGCCCACCCAGGUUUGGAAAUGGCUCUCUCCCCCGGAGACCCCUCCAUGUUCUGGGCUAUUCUUCUGAGAGGGCUGUCUCAGGAGC